AUGGAUUCUACGAAUCCAUAUAGUCGGACCUCCAAUUUCGUUAACCUUUUGAACAGUCAACAAGAUUGUCACUUUCCCGAACUGUUUCCUUAUGAUUGCGGUUCACAAGUGCAUGUGUUUAGUACUCAAGGCACUGAAACAUCAAGCUUCUAUGAAGACUCACCUACACAGCGCAAAGAAAGAAAGAAAUGGUCUCCCUCUGAUGAUGUGGUGCUCAUUAGCGCAUGGUUAAAAACCAGCAAGGAUCCGGUAGUAGGCAAUGAACAUAAAGAAUGUGCUUUUUGGAAGCGCAUUGCAGAUAAUUUUGCAUCUAGUCCAAAAGUGGAAAGAGGUGGAGCACGAGAGGCUAUUCCGUGUAAGCAAAGGUGGCAGAAGAUGAACGACCUCGUUUGCAAGUUUUCUGGAGCCUAUGCCGCUGCAACAAGACAUAAAACUAGUGUUCAGAGUGAGAGUGAUGUUGUUAAAAUGGCACACAAAAUCUUCUACAACGAUCAUAAGAUUAAAUUUAAUCUUCACCAUGCUUGGGAGGAACUCAAAAACGACCAGAAAUGGUGUGCUCUUGCGAGUAGUAAUUAA